GUUAUGAUUUUUCUAUCAUCUGCUGGGCUGAUGAGUUAAAAGAUUAAACGAUUAUCACGUUGGAUUGCACACAGUAAACAUGAAUGCUACUUCGGAGCCAGAGAGAAGCGAAAACGCUUCCAGAUAUAGGUCUUAUCGGGUUCACAAGAAGCGCAAACAAUGCCUUCCUGACUGUGGAACUAUCAACACUACUUGGAGAAUCAAAGUUUUCGUCGUCCUUGCAGCGUACCAAGAAGCCUUCGAGAGGAUGGGGCACUUCCUUGCACGCAAACCAUUGGCGGCUCUUCUGAUUUCGCUCGUUAUUAUGGUUGGUUGCUGCCUGGGAUUCAUUCGCCUGAAUUUCGAGCAGCCCAACAUUGACCUUUUUACUGUCACCGACAGCCAAUCUAGAAAAGACUCGCAUGAUUCUGCGCAAUUUUUUCCAAUUCUUGAAGCGCGCCAAGAACAAGUCAUCAUGAUACCCAAGGACGGCGAAAGUAUUCUGAGUGAAGAAUGUUUGAGAGACGUCGUUAUGGUCCACAGAGCUAUUGAGAACAUCAGUGGUUACGAUGAUAUUUGUUUAAAGCAGCAAUUACCAAAUGUCGCCGAAGAAAGUAAGGAAAAAAAUUGCAUGAUUAGCAGUCCUCUUGAGUUAGCUGGAACUAAUUUUCAAAAUCUGAAAAAUCUCUCCUCUAUUCUGGCUCGCGAGUCGGUAAAGCCUACUACUGUUCUUUCCUCUGGCCAAACAUUUAAACAUUCCUAUCGUCAAAUGCUGGCCAAUUUCUACCUAGAGCGGAACAGAGAUCGAUUAACGGCUCAUGCCGACGCUCUUCAGGCUAUUUACUUCGUAAGAAAGACAACCAGUCCAGAAGAGUACCAAAAAAUCGAGGAUUUUGAAGUCACGUUUAGCAAUCUCCUCACAUCAGUCAGUCCUCGCUUGAAAUGUGCAGAACUUUCCUACAAGACUGGGAGAGCAACAACCAAGGCCUUGCAAGACGUCCUCAAACCAGAGCUAUGGCCUCUUUGUGUUACAGUUUUUGCGAUAGCUGCCCUUGCAUUCAUUGUAAUACACUUUUCUUCUGCCAAUGCCGUUUGUUUAAGGACGGUCCUCCUCUUAUUCUCAUGCUUUGUGUUACCAUUAACGUGUUCUGCAGGUUUUGUCUCGAUGACGAACUUUGCCUUUACCUCAACUUCACUGUUCAUACCAUUCUUUUUGUUGGGGAAAGUAAUUACAGACGUGGUACUUUUCCUCGUUGAAUGGGAAAGGCAUCAAAUGGUGCCAUCACUUGAACAUCGCGUUGGCAAUUGCCUGGCUAGAACAGGGGUCCUCGCCACCGCAACUGCGCUUUGUGGGUCAAUUCUUUGUGGAGUGGCAGUGAAAUCCUCGUUCAGGGGAAUUUCCCAUUUCUUCUUUGCAACACUUGCCGCUCAUCUAGCUGUUUCUGCUUCUAAUUUGACAAUCACAGUCAUUGUGUUGCUGUAUUUUGAAAGGAAGCUUAAGACCAUAAAUACUCCUUGUGCGGCAGCAUGUGAAAGAAGGUUGUCGAACGUUGAAGCUGGCAGCUUUGAACUAAGACACUCACUUUACCAUAAAACAAAACUGCAACGGAUUCUGAAGACGUUAGCUCGUAAAAUAACAUCAACUGGCGGCAAAAUUAUCUCCCUUGGUAUCUUCGCCCUACUCAUUAUUUUGUGUGUUUUGUCUGCAUUUCAAACUGGAGAGAGGGCACGUACCAUAGACUCAUACUACCAGAAUGAAAACUUCAAGCAAUUCGAUAAGGCACGACAAAUUUUCUUUAGCAACGAAACUGAUGUAAGCAUCGUUUUCUCCGAGGACAUUGACUACCCGCUAAAAAGUGUGCAAAAUCAAGUAGUAUCACUGUGUGAAAAACUGCAAGAGGCCCCUUACAGUAAAGGAAGGUCGCUUUGUUGGACGGAAGACUUCCGACAAUGGGUUAAACAUCAAAACAUGAAUUGUCGGUACUCAGAAUUCUACCGAUGCUUUGAGAUUUUCCUGAACAAUUCCCAAAGUUUGCCGUUUAGACAAGACUUGCUUCUAAAAGAUUCUAUAUCCCUUGUCAAAAUAUCGGCGUCUCGAAUUCAUCUCAGAAUGACUCUUAAAAACCGAUUUCAAGACGAUAGAAAAUCCCUGAGGAAACUGAGGGGCGAUUUACAAGAAUAUUCUUUCCUGAAAGCUAUUCCAGUCUCCGAAAAGUUUUUCGCUGUUGACGACCUCGUCAAGUUAGAAGAAGAAACAAUCUCCAUAGUCCUCGCAGUUGGCACAGUGGUGGUGUUUACAGUUUCUCUAUUUGCGACGUGUCAUCUAGGUGUUAGUACAAUCCUGACUUUAGCAUUCGACGUCCUAGUACUGGAAGCAGCUGCAAUUAUGAACACGUUUGGAAUUUAUCUCGAUCCUGUGUCUUUCAUUUCUCUUUACUUGACGAUUAUCCUUUCUUUGAAUUCUAGUAUUGAAGUGGGUUAUUCGUACGUACUCUCAGCUAAGAAGGGUAUACAAGAUCGCAUGAUCGACGGUCUACGCUCUGUUGGAGUAUCCGUGCUAGCAGGCACAAUUUCAUCCAUAUUAGCAUCUAUCUCCUUAGGAUUUAUAUUUCCCAGUCUGUCAGAUAUUUUCUUUCUACUACUUCCUCUGGUCUUCGCUCUAGGGUCAAUCCAUGCUCUGAUUGUCGUUCCCACGUUCCUUGUAUUGUUUGAGGAGUUAGUUCACUAUUUUAAUUCUAAGGAUAGCGAGGAGUUAGUGGAACAUUACCUGGAAGCAUAUGACUCAAUGUUACUUGAGGCACGGAAUGGUGACAUAACAAAGCUCAAGGCUAAACGUCCCCAGAUCUCUAUCAUUGGCAUCAGUUGUAGAUUCCCCGGCGCCAACUGUAAGGACCUUUUUUGGGUUUUGCUUGAGGAAGGAAAGAGUUCCAUCCGUCCGUUUCCCGAUAAUCGAACACAGGAGCAUAAAGCGUUUUUUGAGCUCUACAAUCCUAAGCGCUUCGUUAAUGGACGCCUUUGUGCCAUCAAUGGUUCCUACUUGGAAGAAAUACAAACUUUUGACAACAGGUUCUUCGGUAUCUCCAAUCAAGAGGCACGCGCGAUGGACCCUCAGCAAAGAAUACUCCUUCAAGUAGUCUACGAGGCAAUCGAAGAUGCAGGAAUGCGGCUUGAAGAUUUACAAAAGUGUAGAACAGGUGUUUUUGUUGGUGUGAUGAACCUUGAGUACGGCGCUCUCACAACAGACCGGUCUAAUUACAGCAACAUUAAUCAGUAUUCUUCAACGGGGAUAACGGCGUCUAUUCUUGCCAACAGAGUGUCAUUUUGCCUAAAUCUAACAGGACCAAGUAUUGCUGUGGAUACAGCCUGUUCUUCAUCGCUAACUGCCCUUAAACUAGCCUGUGACAAUCUCCAUCACGAUGAUUGCGAUAUAGCCAUCGUUUGUGCACCCAAUGUCGUCCUUGAUCAUUCCAUGCAGAUGGUAACUAGUAUGGCCGGACUUCUCGCGCCAGACGGCCGUUGCAAAAGUUUUGAUGCUUCUGGGGACGGUUAUGGACGCGGGGAGGGCUUCGCAGCGGUUGUGUUAAAGUUGACAAAAGAUGCUCUGUGUGACAAAGACGAUGUUUAUUGCGAGAUCGUUGCAUGUGGAAUGAACAACGAUGGUCAAAAUGCCGUGCCCAUCACUGCUCCAAGUGCCAAGAUGCAAGCUGAGUUAUCAAGAAGAGUACUUGAGCAGUCAGGAGUGACCGCAGAAGACGUGGAUUACUUCGAGGCACAUGGGACUGGUACUGCAAUUGGUGAUGUGGUGGAAGUCAACUCUAUAGCAGAUACUUACUCUAACCAGGGCGCAACUUCUUCACGAAAAUUGAGGAUUGGCUCUGUAAAAUCUAAUCUCAAUCACACGGAAUCUACUUCUGGACUUGCUGGGCUUAUUAAGACCGCUCUGAUGAUAAGAAACAAGACGUUUGUACCAACUAUCAACGUCAAGGUGUUGAAUCCCAAACUAAAGCUAGAAGAAAAAGGACUUAUAUUGCAACAAAUUCGAGAGGCUUGGAACACAGAAAAUGGCAAGCCGCGAAUAGCAGCCGUAAACUCAUUCGGCUAUGGUGGGUCAAAUGUGCAUGCCAUUCUUCGUGAAGCUACACCGACGCCAAGUUUUGAAGGUCAAAACUAUAUACGCAAGAACAAUGUCCUCACCAUUACAGCUCGUUCUCUAGAGGGUCUUAAGAAGAUGUCAGAGCUUUACUCCGCGUGGAUUAAAAACAAGGCUGAUGAAACGGAUGAACACUUUGCGCAAGACUUGUGCUAUUCCUUAAACGAACGUCGAAGCCAAUAUCCGCAUCGCCUAGCUCUUGCCUUUGGAACCGCUCUCGAAGCAUCCAAGUCAUUGGAAGCUUUCGCUGUUAACUCCGUUGGUUGGGAAAAGUUGGCUUCUUAUGCCGAGGUGACUUCGAGUGUUAGAAAAGUCGUUUUCAUGUUUGGGGGUCAAGGGUCACAAUGGUAUGCCAUGGGAAGGCAGUUAAUGGAAUUUGAAACUGUUUUCAGAGAUGCUAUUUUAACAGUCAGCAGCUUUCUUAAAGACUUGGGAGAAACAUGGUCACUCGAGGACGAAUUGAUGGCACCAGAAGACGUUUCACGAAUAACAGAAAGCUACAUUGCCCAGCCAGCCACUUUUGCUGUUCAGUACGCAACUGCACAGCUCCUUAAGUCCUGGAAAGUCCAUCCUUCUGCUGUUAUUGGUCACAGUUUAGGAGAGUUUGCAGCUGCCUGUGUUGCUGGUAUCAUUACUGUCAAGGAAGCAGUUCAGCUGGUAUUAACUCGCGCCAAUCUUCAAGAUAGAUGCCCGAACAAUGGAGGUAUGGCUGCCCUGGGAAUCUCAGAAUUAAAGGCCAGGGAGUUACUUUUUGAUCUAAGGUUAAGCGCCACCCUCGACAUAGCAGCGGUCAAUGAUGCAAAAAGUGUCACAGUUGCUGGUGAUUCGCAAUCCAUCGAGGCACUUGGGCAACAUCUAUCGUUGAAUGCAAAAGAUGUUUUCUGGCGCGUUCUUGGAACGAAUCGUGCAUUUCACAGCUCUCACAUGGAGCCGAUCAAAAAACCAUUUCAGGAAGCUAUGAAAAGUGUGAAAUUUAACCCUCAGUUAUCAAAAAUUCCGAUGUACUCUACGGUUAAAGGUGAAGUUGUCUCGGGUCAGCAAUUAAACAGCAAUUACUGGUGGCAAAAUAUACGCUGUCCUGUUCGGUUCUAUUCAGCGAUGAAACACCUACUACGGGAUGGUUACAAACAGAUAAUUGAGAUCAGUACGCAGCCAAUUCUUUCCCAUUACGUGAAACAGAUAGCUCUUCAGGAAGAUCUGACGGAAGAAGAAAGGCCUGUUGUCAUUGCAACUCUUCCUCGUAAGAGAGUGCCCAUCGAGGACCAGCACAGAUACUUUAUUCAGAACACGGUGUGCAAAUUGUAUACAAUGGGAUUUCCUGUUGACUGGACUUCUGUGCAGGGGAGCCAAUCAGCGAGGUUCAUCCGGCUACCAGAAUCUCCAUGGGUGGAAAGCAGCUUUUGGUACAGGGAACACCCACCACAAGCGAUAGUACACCCAAUUGACUCUAAAGAAACCAUUAAGAAGCCAACACAUCCCUAUCUAGCACAAGUCAAAAUGACCGACUUAUAUUCAGGCCUACACUGCUGGGAAACUGAGAUUGAUCUUUUCAACUUUCCAUCCCUGAAGGAUCACGCCCUAAGCGAGGGGGGUGCUGUGAUGCCUGGAGCUGCUUACUUGGAGAUGGCCUUUGCAAUGGUAAAGGAUAAAUUCGUUCAUACCUCUGGCCUGGAACUAAGUGAUGUGAAGCUUUCAAGUCUUCUCACUCUUCCUGAAACACAGGUUAGAUCCUUACGUCUUCGCCUUUUAAGGACCGAAAUAAUUGAUAACGCUCAGUUCCAGAUCACGAGCGUACAGGAAGACCAGUCUGAAAUUAUGUUAAGUGGUGGAAACAUCUCCGUAGAUCUCUUGCACACAAGAAGAAACUUCGAGGAAGAAGCCUGCAAUCAAGUUGGACCAGCUGUUAAUGACCUGAUCAGAAGUAUGACAGAGAUGCCGAUUGAACGAUUCAGAGAAAUAACACAAAAGUACGGCUUUCAGUACGGUGGUGCUUACUCCAUCAUUAAACAGACCUGGUACCGUGAUAACGAGGGGCUUUGCCUGAUCGAUAUCCGUGAAUCACUCAUGGUUCAAUCAGAAAUUGAAAAUUAUGUGGUUCACCCUUCCAUUUUAGACGCUUGUCUUCAAUCCUGCUUCAUUCCUCUUGGAUCUUCAGCUAUUGACGAGAAGUCUGUUGUACCGGUGGGAUUUGAAGGUAUCACUUUGAAUGACCUUCCAAAUACCAAUCAACUUUAUUGUCACGUUAUUGGGGAUGUCAAAGAGUUCGGAAAAUUCGACGUCACGCUUACCAGUCCAUCUGGAAAAAUUCUACUGACCAUGAGGGAAUUCCGUGUUGCAGAAUUAAAUAGCACACCACGACGAUUUCCCUCUGAUGACCUUGUCUAUGAAGUGCAGUGGAUUGAAGAUAAGUUACAGACACAAAGAGAAAUUUCGCCAAACUUGACCUGUCUUCUUCUAAGGGACAGCUCUCCUUUAUCAGACACCUUAAUCGGAAAACUUCGCACCGCAAAAGUCAACGUAAUCACAGUUGAUCCACCCAAUGCUCUAUCUUUUGACACCAAAACGGAAGACGUAAUCAGUUCAGCGUUAACUGGUGUACCCUCAGGCAAUUUAUCCUUCCUCAAAGUCGUCAACAUGUGGCCAGUAGAGACAAAUCUCCUACCAAACAAAUUUGAUGUUAUUGAAAAAGCACAAAACCUCGCCUUCAGCAGCUCAGUCUUCUUGAUCCAACAGCUCGUAAGCAAGGGAAUGCUUGAUUCUCGACUGUUACUCGUCUCUGAAAGUACACAGUUCCUAAAUACCACAACUGAGUCUCAAGUCAAUUCCAUUCCUUGGGCGUCUACUAUCUGGGGACUUCGACGAACAGCGAAACUCGAAGAAUUUGAUCUGGGUAUCACAACCAUUGAUCUUGGCAACAAGAAUGACAUUACUGAGGUGGACUUGUUGCUUUCGGAAAUACUUGGCGAUAGCAUUGAAGAGGAGGUCGCCUUUCGAGAUGGAAAGCGGUUCAUAAAUCAUGUUGUGAGAUCAAACAUAUCCAUAGAGCAACCCACACCACACAGUAAUGAAAGCGACUGGGGUUCUUUGUACUUAUCGUCUAUCCCCGGUACAAGGAAAGUCUGCCUUCGCCAGAAGAGCUUUUCAAAACCAUCGCCCUCCGAGGUCACAAUAGAACUGCUUUAUUGCUGGACACCUUCGGAAUCAAUUCUUGAUGUAUCCAAACCAAAUGCCUGUGUUUUCACCGUUGGAGAGGUCACUCACCUAUCAGGAGAGACCGCAAAUAAUCAGAUGCAAAUAGGAGACGUUGUGUGCGGCGUUACAGCCUCUGGGCGCGUUUCUCGUUCCCUUCCCAUACAAGUCACCAACACGUUUGUGAAGCCAGCCAUUUUGACACAGGAACAAGCAACAUACAUCCCUGCCUGCCUAGCCAUAGCUUUGCAUGCACUAAAACGCACAGCAACAAAGAAAGAAAAUAUGAGAUUACUUAUACAUCAAGCUCACCGUGGCCCUGGACCUGCAGCAGUUGCCCUUGCGAAAGCAAUGGGUCACAAAGUAUUUUGCACUGUGUCUGACACUUGUCAAUCCGUAACAAAAUCUACCCUCCUAGAGCUGGGAGCUGAGAAUGUUACAAAUCAGAGCCUCGCCAAAUUUGAAGAUGACUCCAGACACGCCUUUGAUGCAGUUUUGUUUUUCUACCCACCCCCUCCGAACGCUCUCCAAAAAAGCAGUCGAAAUCUCAAACGCGGAGGAAAAGUUGUUAUCUUGGGAGCCGAAUUUGAUGGAGACGUCGUCUUCCCUGCGAAGAAAAAUGUUAUGUAUGUGAGAGAAAGCAUUUCAGACAUCCUCCUAACACCACAAACUUAUCAACAGCUCAGUAUAGAGAGUCUAGAGCUGCUAAAAGGUGGACCACUCCUGGAAAAGCUACAAGAAAUCAAAUUGGUAUCGAUGGACAUACCGACGGCCAUUGAAGCUACAAACGAUUUCACUGUAAACAACUCACCAUCGAAAACUUCCAUGAGAGUAUUUCAAAGUAUUUCUUUUCUGAUUCAUUCAUUUGCUCCAUCUAAAGAAUGCAGUGAUCGUCAAAAGAUCCCCGUUCUUCCACGCGGUCUAGACGAGUGUGGUCUGAAAGAAAACAAAACGUAUUUGGUGGCAGGGGGGAUCAGAGGAUACGGAUUUGAAGUGGCGCGUUGGAUGGCCGAGAAUGGAGCAAAGUCUAUUGGACUGAUUGGUCGUUCCAAGCCCUCAGAUGCCGAGUAUCAAGAAGUACGAGGUAUUGAGACCAAGACAGGCGCAAAGUUUCAUAUUUUCCAGAUUGACAUAUCCAGCCAAGAGCAAAUGCAGUCAUUAAAAGAGCAGCUAGACUCUAUUCCAAGUGUGGCUGGAAUAGUACAUACUGCCAUGGUUCUCAGAGAUGAAUUUAUCAAAGAUUGGUCAUUUAGAAGUUUCACAGAUGUCAUGGAUCCUAAGAUUAAAGGUUCCUACUUGCUACACCAAAUGAGCUUGAAGAUGGAUCUUGAUUUCUUCGUUAUGUUCUCAUCCAUGGCAUCCAUCGUAGGAAACAUGGGUCAAUCAUCAUACUCCGCCUGCAAUGCCUUCCAAGAUUCUCUUGCCCAGUAUCGAAGACGAGUGCUCAGUCUACCCGGACUUUCGAUAAACUGGGGACCAAUAAGUGGAGCUGGCGUGAUGGAACGGCAGAGUGCUCUUACAAAAUUGAUGGCAGUAGGCGGACUGGGCUUCAUAAAUGCCAAAGAUGGAGUCAAACUUAUGGCCAAGGUCUUAACCGAGGAGCCGAGUCGCCCGCAGAUCUCGUUAUUUGGUGUGGACUGGCCUCGAUUUAUCAAAAGUAAUACCGGACUACAGAAGACUUCCCGACUCGCAAUGAUUACUACAGAAACCAGUGGUUCUGAUAGCCAAACUAAUACAGCAGAGUCUUUACUGCAAAAAAAUCGCUUAGAGAAGGAUCCCGAAAAGAAAAGGGAACUUAUUCUUGAGUAUGUUCGCAUGUCAGUUGCGGAAUUGACAGGCAGUUCAUCUUCUUCAGAGACGGAUCUAAACAAAAGCUUGUAUAGCUACGGUAUUGACUCAACUGCAGCUUUGACUUUGAAAAUGCUGCUUGAAUCGAACUUGCAGGUAUCUUUUGAGGUGUUCUACUUUAUGCAGCCCGACACUACCACACUAAAAAUGGCCAAUGACAUCUAUGACAGGCUUCGUGGAAAAUCAGUCAGCCCACAGAAUAGCGAGAGCCAAGGAAAUGAACCCGACCAAACUCAGUCAACGGAGGAUAUAAAUGCUUCAGUGGUACCCUCCAAGAAUGAGGUCCAAGUUUUACCCCUUUACACUCCUGAGGGAUCAGCAAUAAAGUUCUUCUGUGUGCACCCUUCACAUCGCUACGCGUUGAAUUUGGUUCCCAUUUCUACCGGAUUUCAAGGACAGGACUUAGUAUCCUUUUAUGCUCUGGGCUUUACUGACCCUACGGUCAUUAGUGAGGACUGGGGUGGAGUACGUGAGCUUGCCGCUCACUACGUUCAGCUAAUCGUCAAAGAACAGCGCCAUGGACCCUAUUUUCUCGGGGGAUAUUCCUAUGGAGGACUUUUGGCGUACGAAAUGGCUUCCCUACUGACCGAACAGGAUCACAGGGUGGAGUUCGUUGCUAUGAUUGACACCUUUCCUUGGUCACCGCGUUCACGGACCAUAACCACCAGGUUAUUUUCCAUGAAGAAAGACGGAUGGCUGCCAUCGCAACAUGUUCAGCUCCAAUUCGAAAGCUAUUUGGAAAAGCUUGCAGUAGACUCCUUAAAGAUGUCCGUUGACGAAUAUCGACAAAUGAGAGAGACACACAGUCAAGACUGGACCGUUGAUGAGUUACAGAAAAGAAGUCUUACUAAAGGUCUUACUACCUACGAUUUAAGGACUCUAAGAGACGCUCUUCUGAGGAAUCAAACCAUUGCCAAUAGGACGCACCAAGAAUGGCAGCCUGCAGAGGUUCGCUAUCGAGGUCCCCUCACUUUCCUCAAAUGCCAGAACAGCAGAUUUUUGCCCCGUAAUCCCACGUCACACGGCAUCGAGGAAGUCUGGAGCGAGUUGGUAGAUGGAGGUACCACAGUACUCGUUUGUCCUGGUGAUCAUUAUUCCUUAAGUGAGUUACCACAAGCCCAAGUAACAGGGGGUAUCCUAGCAACAGCCCUGGCCUUCACCUACCGCAUGUUGUUCCCAGAAUUCCCUACACCUCCAAGAACGUUCAACCAAAGACGCGCCGUGGGGAAACUUUCCGGUGGUGUAGGCGUGUUCCUCCACUCGAAGAAAGGAAACAAAAUGCCGCAUUACGGAGACCUAUUUUUUCAUGAAGAUUCCCACAAACUUGAGUUGAGAUCAAAAUCUGGCGAAGGAGAAGUGAUUCAAAACGAGAAAGCUAAAAAGAUCAUCGAUUUGAAAGAGCUUAGCAUGGUACAGCCAGGAAGGCUCGUCUCCAGUGCCCUGAAGUAUACCUGGCGAAAAAGAAGAGUUGGAGGUUAUGAAAGUGGAAACCUUGGGCACAUUGCUUCGAUUGCGACAAGUCGCCACGUGUACAACUUGGAAUUUUGUGAUUACUCUGAUUUGAAAGCGUUUUAUAACAUGGUAGAGGCUGUGUUUGCUCUGAAGUUAUUGACCAUCUAGAACUGUAAUCAUAAUAUUCAGCAGUCGCGUAAAAUAACGGCGUGAAUUUGAUAAUUUGAAGUAUCUUCAAAAUUUAAUGAAAAUUUCGACACUUAAAAAUGUAGUGAAAGUUUUUUACCUUGUUUUUUUAACCUUAAAUAAAGAGCUAACCUAAAAAAAUUGAUAAAUGAUGAAAAAAUCGUUUUUCAAGUUAGACUGAUAUUCUAUUCUUAUACUCGUUCGACUGUCAAUACUCAUUGUUUGCGAUGAUAGGGAGAGUUUUAACUAUUUUGAAAUAGUUAUCUUGAUAAGAAUUGGGAAAUACUGAACCAAGUAGAAAUAAUAAUUUUAUUUACUAAAAGCCUGGGUCACAAAAUUUUCCUUUAUGACAAACUAGGGAAGCUUUGGCAAGGCGAAAGUGACGCACAUGCAAAGAUAAAAACCCUCUCUCGUCUUUUUUUUUUUUCUCCUCCCGCUUCGCCCUCAUUUAUCCUGAUUGGAUGAUAAGAAACGGAAUGAAGAUAUAAAUUUCAUUAAGGUAUAGAUGCCGCGUGAUAACAGCGCACGAAACCUUCAAGAAAAUCAAUCUUUGUAUGAUCGAAUUCUGAAAGACGUGCCACACAUUAAUUUUAAAGGCCCAAGAUUGGGAUAAUGAGGACCUCGUAUACUAAAAACGAGCUCAAGAGCUUCAGCGGGAUGGUACAUAAAAUAAAACAACUUUUCUUUCUCUCUCUUAUGUAAGACCCUCAAACGUACUAAAAAGGAUAGCACUUCGAGAUGAAUAUUAUCAAAACUCAGCGGUGCACAUCUAUCUGGCAUUAGGCGAAAGUUCGAUCAGAGAAAUUUGACCAAUCAUGGCGCUGCGCUACAAUAAAGGUGGUUAUCUUUAACGUUAAAAAAACACCUGAUUGACAGGUUGGCUACGCUUGCUUAGAAAAGAAAGAUAGAAUGAAGCAAUUGGAUAAUAAAUAACGUAUUACACGUUUCGGUGUGUAGUAUCACUGAGUACUUUUACCUUUAUGUAUUUUAAUUAGCCCGCAGGGCUCGUCAAAAUACGACAUCACUCGUGAAAAUACUCAUCGAUACUACACGCCAAAAUGUCUAAUGUUACAUAGGUAUUCACGUGCGGCAUGCCUUGUCUGAUUAAUCAACCAAUCAUGUUCAAAGACCUUCAACUUGACAUUGAUAGAGACGUGGACACACGUUUUUUAAGUUAAGUAACAGUUUAGAGCUUUUUAUUGUCUCAAAUGUUUCGCUUGUUUUUAUUUGGAGUUCAAGACCUUUUUGGGCGUCAUUAACAGCCAAAGGCUGAAUUUACCACACCUGCAUGAAAGACUGGACUCUAAUUUCUUCAUGGGAGAGGGAUGUUUAAAUAUCUAUCU